AUGACCAGGGUGUUCUCCCAGAUCCUUGUCGAAGGCCCAACCUCGGCCAUAGAGCAUCUUCGCGCUUUGUACGCCGCCCAGCGGUCCUCUACACCGGACGAAGAGCUAGUCUCUUGCAUCCAGGCGGUAGCACACAGGUUGUGCGCUCCGGCCAAGGACGGGACCCUCUUUAGCGGCGAGCUAUGGCGGGCAUGCAUAUCAAGCGAGCUGCUGAUACUUCUCCUUGAGAUAAUCGGGGACCCUUUUUUCACGUCUGGACCUGAAUUUUGGGUCGCGAGCGUUUUGCUGUGUUUGAAUGGUAUAUUGGAGCCAUGGUGGCUAUAUGAGGACUCAGACCCUCAAUAUCGCCCCCCGGAGAUAAAACCCGUGCUACCGGAGCAAGGACAACUCGAGCACAUGUUCUCUGUACUUCGCCCCGCAUGGCAGAACCUGUGGGAUCACAUCGAUGACUUACUCGACCCCACUGUCGGUGCGAUCCUUGGAACCCCUGCUCAUGUUCUUGCCUUGCUGGCGAGCAUGACAGGAGAUAUGCUUGGCUUGUGCGGUUUAUACCGGAACAGGAUUGCGAAUACGGAAGAUAAGAUGCGAGUUCUUCUCGACGUCGAAUUCAUCCCCGUGAUGCUCUUCACAUGGACUCACUCCAAUCUGUGCGGCGGACCCGGACAUUCGGAGUCGCUCCACGAGAUUCCUCUGCGAAUGGACGAGUACAGGGCCUCCAUCGAGGAAGUCGCUACGACUCUUGCCGAGGGUCCUGGUGGCGACGCAAUGCAAGUAUACUGGAACGAGAAGGUGGACAAAGCUAUCGCUCGCAUAGGUCCGCCCAAGAUCAUAGAGGCGUUCCGGAUCAUCCUCGAGGAGAGUGGCCUAUGGCUGGUCGACAAGAUCCUCAUAUCCCACUUGAAAGAGCUCUCCCUUCUGUUGUCUACGGGUUUGGCCCACCACACGCAGCUUCGGGAAGCAUUCUGGGAGCAACCGAUGACGGCCGCAUUGCACGCUGUAUGCAUGCGUGCAUAUCGUCAAACUAUGGCUCAUCAAGGCGCACGACAUUUUCUAGCUUGGUGCAAGCAUUGCUGCGACCUGCUAGGCGUCGUGGGCGAGGGCGUAGCGCGGGGCUUCUGCACAGAAAUCUACGGUUCCCACCUAGGAAUAAUGUUCAGUAACUUUUGCGUUGUCGGCGUCAGCGGUCUUCCCACAGUGUUCGAAGGCGAUGAAACACAAGUCGAAACGCUGGACGAGCUCUGCUCAUCUUUGUGUACUGUAACCACCCGUUGGUGCGAGGUCAUACGCGAGAGCUCGAAUGGGCACGAUGUCAACCCUGACGUGGAGCGGCUGGUGUUGCAGCUGCGCUUAUCCUCUGAAAAAGCUUGGUACCCCACCUUGCAGGCUAUGCGGCUCAUGCAGGACACAAUGGGACGAGAGUCGAAAGAACGAACUGGCCGCUACAUUCAAUGCUGGGUCGAUCUGGGAAACACCCUCGGCCUUGACGAGAUGACGGAAAGGGUACAAUUCGAAGCGUCGAGGACGCGUCUGUGCUCUUGGCGCGCGUGCGCGUACUACCGCGAAUGUGCAAAGGAAGCGCUUCCCGUAUGCAAAGGGUGCGGCGCGGCGCGUUACUGUUCACGAGAAUGCCAGCGCAAAGACUGGAAGGAGGGGAAUCAUAAGAUGAAAUGCCGGAGGCUCAAGACCUGA